UCAGGGAGAAGGUGGUAUGGCGGAGAGCGGGGCGAGCUCUGAGGGGAGCGAUGAGGAGCGGUUCCCUGCUUUAUCCUCCCUGCUGCAGCCUUCUCCAUCGCCGCCUUGCGAUUUGGGUCGCCGUCUGUCCUCAUGUCCCGCCCCUGAAGCUGGAAGUGCGGAAGAGGAGGUUGUGGUAGUGAGCAGUGGAAGCGAUGAGGAUGAGGAGGUGGUUCCUCUGUCUGAGAGGAUCAAAAAGAGGAUGGAAGCGAGGAAUGCGGGUUUUGAAGUGUCUCGUUUCAGCACACAAAGUGGUGAGAGACCCUCGUUGUGCCCGCUGCCAGCCUCUCAGUCUGACUCCACAGCCCAGCCUAAUAUGCCCCUGGUAAGUGGAGCAAGCCCAGAGGUAUCACCACUUCCCAAGAAGGGAAACCGUAGUCAGAAGGAAAGGGAUGCAACGUGCCAAUCGUGGCAGAGGAGGAAGGAGCGAGAAGCCCUGAGGAAGCAAAAAGAGGAGGAAAAAGAAAAGAAAAGGGCUCUUGCCAAGAUGCUGAAAGCUCAGCGACCAGGGGAGUGCCAGAAAUAUAUAACAGUGGUGCUAGAUUCAGUUCUGUUGCAGGUAGAAGGUGGUGAACAGGUCCUCGAUGCUUUGCAGGCUGCAAAUUACUCCUGUGUGGUUGAGAAUCAGGCUGUUCCCUGCAGCAUCACCUGGAGGAGAAAGACAGUGACAUCUCAGAUGGGAGAAGGAGAUGAAUGGACAGAAGAACCAAAUGUCCUGGUUCUGCUUCGCUUGGAGGAGUUUUUGUCCAUGGCUCACAACUACAAACAAAAAGCCAAGGGCUGUAUGGAAGGACAGCAGGAGACCCUACAGACCUAUGUAGCUCGUGUGAUGGAGAAAAUGCCUGGGAAAAUUCUGGCACUGGCAGUUGCUGAAGUAGAAAAUUAUUUCAGACUUCAGUCAAAAAAGAGACGGCAACAAGCAGCAGCAAAUGGAAGCCAAGAUGAGGGACAAGGAAGAAGGAAGAAAAGGGCAGUUGAGGAUUCUGGCCUGGAGAUAACCAGAAUGGAUGUGGAAGAAGCCUUGGUGGACCUGCAGCUGAGCAGACAAGUCCAGGUCAGCUUUUUUGAGAGCUGGGAGGAGCUUGGAGAGUAUGCCACUAUGUUCACAAAAUCUGUGGCUGAAGCACCCUUCAAGCGAGAGCAGGAGAACACAGGCUUCUCCUUCUACUUAGAGAAGGCGUGGUGUGGAGGGGUGAAGGUGGAUCGUUCCGGAAAGGGUCUCUUGGAAGUUUGGAAGAGACAGUUACAACAGUUUAACCGGGUCAGCCUGGAGAUGGCUGAGGCUAUUGUGUCUGCCUACCCUUCUCCUCAGCUUCUGAACCAGGCCUAUAUCCGGUGCUCCUCGGAGCAGGAGCGGGAGAACAUGCUGGCUAACAUCCCUGUGCGCCGCGGUGACGGUGUGACAGCCACCUGCCGGAGGAUUGGACCAGAGCUCUCCAGACGAGUCUAUCUCCAGAUGACUUCCCAUGAUCCUGAUCUCUAUUUGGAUGUCAGUGGGUAGCUCCAGGGAAUGAGGAUUUUACUGUUUGUUGCUUUAAGUAUCUACUGUUUAAGUAUUCAGCUUCCUUCUGGGGAGAAUUGCUUAGAUAACAGAAUCACUGAUCCCAGUUAAAAGACUUAAAAAUGCACUUGGACUUCACUGUAGCAGAAGGUUGGAUUAAAUUGCUGAAUGGCUGGAGUUUACACAAGAAAUAAGGAAAACGUCUUCCCUAAGAGCAUGAGAUGGACACGGCUUACGGGAAUGAUAGUUCCUUUUAUUUGUCUUCCUAGUAAAUAAAUAAUUUGACUAAUCAUU